AUGCUUCCCAGAUUGAUUGGCAAAAGAGGUUUCUGCUCUACUUUUCCCAAGUACAAUGUAUUCACUCCAAAGGAUAACGUACCAGGACUUGAAGCAAAUGAAGAAUGGUUAAAUAAUUUAAAUAAUUCAACAGAUGAUGAUAUAAAUAAUUCAUCAACUUUAGAAAAUCCAAUGGUACGACGUUUAACUAAAAAUUUUGAUCCAAGUCAUAAUUUGAAAAACAAUGAUACAAAAUUUCAUAAUGAAGGACUUGAUGAAAAAGGAUUUUUCAAUGUUAAAAUUCCAAUGAAUACUUAUUUAACAAGAUCAUCACCUUUUAGUCAUUUAUCAUCAAAACAAAGACCAAAAGCUGAAAAUCAAGAGUUUUCAGAUUUAAGAGUUAUUAAAUUGAAAACUGGGAAAGGUGGAGAUGGUGGUAAUUCAUUUUUAAGAGAUGCUAAUAGAACUAAAGGUCCUCCAGACGGUGGUGAUGGUGGUAAUGGUGGUUCAAUCUAUGUUCGUGCAGUUGAAGGUUUAACAACUUUAGGUAAAUUAAGACAAAGUUAUAUUGCUGGUGAUGGUGGCCAAGGUAAAAAAAAUCAAUUAGAUGGGUCUACAGGUAGAGAUAUUGUUUUAAAUGUUCCAGUAGGAACUAUAAUUAGAUGGAUUCCUGAUCCAAGUUUUUUCAAACAGGCUCAAUUAGAAGGUAAUGAAAAUGUUGAAGUGGAAGUUAAAUGUACAGGAUCUGAUGGUCGUCCUGGUGAACAUAAUGAAUUUGAUAAACCAAAAUUUAUUCAAUUAUAUAGAAAUAGUUGGAAUCGUGGUGAAGGUUGGAUUUUUAAAGAUAAUGAUAAAGAUGAAGAAUAUCAUAGAAGUAAAGAUUACUUUAGGAAAUUAAAUAGAAGUGUUAUUAAAUAUGAUUCAUAUAUUAUUAAAAAAGAAUUAAAUAGUGAUCAAUUCCCUAUACAUGGUAUUGAUUUACAUCAACCUUCAGCUGUUCCAUUAAUGUUAUUGAAAGGUGGUCAAGGUGGUCUUGGUAAUAUGCAUUUCCUUACUCAAGAAAUUAGAAAUCCAAGAUUUAGUAAAGCGGGUAGAAGUGCAAUUGAAGGAUAUUUUAUAUUUGAAAUGAAAUUAAUUGCUGAUAUGGCAUUAAUUGGACUACCAAAUGCUGGAAAAUCAACCUUAUUAAGAGCAAUUUCUAAAGCAACACCAAGAGUUGGUCAUUGGGAAUUCACUACGUUACAACCAACCGUGGGGACUAUUUCAUUAGGGAUUGAUAAACCAUCAUUCACAGUGGCAGAUAUUCCAGGUAUAAUUAAAGGUGCAAGAUUUGAUAAAGGUAUGGGUUUAGAUUUCUUACGUCAUGCUGAAAGAUCAAAUGGUCUUGUCUUUGUGAUUAGCUUAGAACAUGAAGAUCCAAUAGCUUCAUUAAAUACAUUAUUAAAUGAAUUAGAAGAUAGAAUUUAUAAUAAGAAAAUAUUGAUUAUUGCAACAAAAGCUGAUUUAGAAGAUUCAUUACCAAGAUUUAAGAAAUUAAAACAAUAUGUUGAAAAUUAUGGUUGGAAAAUCGUACCUUGUUGUGCUAAGGAUCAUCAGAACAUCAAACAAGUGGUGCUCAUGAUGGGUGAAUGUGCUGGUAAACUAUGA